AUGUUGGACUUAUUUAGCAUUUUCAGUAAAGGGGGCAUUGUGUUAUGGUGUUUUCAAAGUACGAGUGAAAUAUUUACACCGUCAGUAAAUGCGUUAAUAAGAAAUGUUAUAUUACAAGAACGUACAGGCAACAACACAUUUAACCAUAAUGCUUUGAGCUUACAAUAUAAACUCGACAAUGAGUUUGAGCUUGUGUUUGUCGUUGCAUAUCAGCGCAUAUUGCAACUAUCCUAUGUGGAUAAAUUUUUAAAUGAUAUACACCUAGAGUUCAGGGAUAAAUAUAAAAAUGAGCUGGAAGGAGGCAAGCAUAACAUGGAUUUUGACUUUAAAACUACCUUCGAAAGUGUCUUGAAGCAGUGUGAACAAUGGGCUAAGACACAGGCUAAAAUUCCAAAGCAAAUGAGAACAUUUGAAGACUCACAGAAGUCAAAAAAGACUGUUGCAUCUAUGAUAGAACGUAAGGGAGAGGAGAAAAGUAAAAAACAAGUUAAAAUUGUUGAAAACAAGAUCAUUCCCAAUGGAAAGGUAGAGGAGUCCCCAGAAGCUGAAGAUGAUGUGAUUGCUGCCAACAGGGCUAAACUAGCUCAAAAGCUAGCAACUAAAACAAAGAAGGAAGUUAAGAAGUCACCGAAGAGCCCGAAGCCGGCGGAGAGCAAGGCCAAGAAGCCGCGCGUGUGGGAGCUGGGCGGCGGCGCGCGCGACCUGCCCGCGCUCGACUUCAGCACCGACGCCGGCGCCGACGUGGCGCCCGACGUGCGCGCCGACGCGCAGUUGGUGGGUCAAAUGGCGGGCGCUAUCCGUGACCUGGAGGUGGAGUCCGGGGACAGCGGCAGCGAGGAGGAGGAGCAGCACCAGGCCAGCCCCAAGAAGAGUACCGGCGUGUUCAACAUCUUCAAAGGCCUGGUGGGGUCGAAGGCGCUGACGCGGGAGGCGGCGCAGCCGGCGCUGGCGCGGCUGCGCGACCACCUCAUCGCCAAGAACGUGGCCGCCGACGUCGCCACCAAGCUCUGCGACUCCGUGGCCGCCAAGCUCGACGGCAAGGUGCUGGGCACGUUCGAGUCGGUGUCGUCGGCGGUGCGCGCGUCGCUGACGGACGCGCUGGUGCAGAUCCUGUCGCCGCGGCGGCGCGUGGACGUGCUGCGCGACUGCCUGCACGCGCGCCAGCAGGGACGCCCCUACGUCAUCGCCUUCUGCGGGGUGAACGGCGUGGGCAAGUCCACGAACCUGGCGAAGGUGGCGUUCUGGCUGGCGGAGAACGGGCUGUCGGUGCUGCUGGCGGCCUGCGACACCUUCCGCGCCGGCGCCGUGGAGCAGCUGCGCACGCACGCGCGCCGCCUCGCCGCGCUGCACCCCGGCAAGGUCGCGCUCUACGAGAAGGGAUACGGCAAGGACGCGGCGGGCAUCGCGCGCGAGGCGGUGCGGCACGCGGCAGAGACGGCGCGCGACGUGGUGCUGGUGGACACGGCGGGCCGCAUGCAGGACAACGAGCCGCUCAUGCGCGCGCUCGCCAAGCUGGUGGCGCUCAACCGCCCCGACCUCGUGCUCUUCGUGGGCGAGGCGCUGGUCGGCAACGAGGCCGUCGACCAGCUCGUCAAGUUCGACCGCGCGCUGGCCGACCACGGCGACGGCGGCGACGGCGAGCGCGCGCCGCACCUCGUGGACGGCAUCGUGCUCACCAAGUUCGACACGGUGGACGACCAGGUGGGCGCGGCCGUGUCCAUGGCGUACGUGACGGGGCAGCCCGUGCUCUUCGUGGGCACCGGCCAGACCUACGCCGACCUCAAGGCGCUCAACGCGCCCGCCGUCGUGCGCGCGCUCAUGAAG